GCCAGCCGAGGCCGGUACUUGUGCCCAGGACAGGCGUGCGCUACAUGAGCUUGUACUGAAUGUGCACAUUAAACACUGACCUGACCUAAGGAACGGUUUUAUUUACAUACACAUUUUAGUAAAUUUGUUAUUAUUAUUAUUUAUUUAUUUUUAGUUUACGUAUGGGUUUGAAACUCAGUAAUAUGUUGUGCCAAUUCAUCGAUUCCCUUUUCAAUGAAACGGACUUUUAAAUUGUAUCAUGUAUAUAUUUAUUAGACAUCACCUUUUUAAUGUAAAAUAUUGUAACCUUUAUAUAGGCCUAAUUAUACACAGGAAUUUUAGCAGGGGAUCUAGUCUGUGGCGAGUGAAGUUUAAUUGGGAAAGGUCCAAUCAUGCUUCCCCGGAAAAUAUAUUGAUUUUUUUUUUUUAAAUUGCUUAAGCGGCGGAGGUGGAGGUGAUUUUGACCAAGAACAUCCCCUUUUUACACGCAUACGGUAUAAUCAACAUAAUUUUACUGGACAAAAGCAUGGUUUAUUACAGGACUUAUUGUAAACAUAUAUUAGGGUAACAUAAGUUAAUAAUGUACUUGAAUACUUCCCAUUUCCAGCCAAAAUAUUUGGCUGAUAUUUGUCGGUGCAAAGUAGGCCUACAUUAUGUUUUGUGUAACUUUGGUAACCACAGAGAUACAAACUGCAUAAAGGUAGUUUUUUAGUUAACAGUACGUUGUUUAUUUUUGUGUAUACCCAUAAUGCACCUCUUCGAUGGCGUCCUGCUGAAGGUUUUUAGUUUUCCAGAAGGGCUACUGAGUUUGCAGUCAUGGAAAUUCAGGUGAUGUCUGAUGAGGGAGCCAUUGAAGAUUCUGAACUGCAAGAAUGUGAAGUGGAGGUGGACAGUGACAUCAAAGAAAUAGUUUAUUGGUGUAAGGACUGUGGCUUGAGCUACAAAGAGGAGUGUGAAAUUCACUGUGAUGGCGGUGUGGUACCCAUCUCUGAUGGCAAAGCUCCAAGUCGUGCUCGAAUGUCUCUUCCUUCUGUUCUCGGUUUAAAGAAGAUUCCUGGAACAAACGAAGAUGCUGUUUUCUCAAAACGUGUCAUCAAACAUCGAAGUCAGUUUGGACCGUUGGAGGCACCACUUUAUGCAACACAACCAAAAAUGGACCCUGCCCAGCUUUCCCUCAAGCUUGUUACUGAUGAUAAUACACUGUGGAUUUAUGAUCAGACCGAUGAAGAAGAAUGUAACUGGAUGAUAUUUGUUCGGGCAGCAAAGAAUAAAGCAGAGCAGAAUUUGGUUGCUUACCAGUCACAGGGCAAGAUUUACUUCGUGAGCACAAAAGCUAUUCCUGCAUCAACUGAACUCAAGGUUUGGUAUGCCAAAGCAUAUGCUGUUAAAAUUGGAAAACCUAUGCUUGAUGAGAAUGUUGAAAACCAAGUAAUUCCAGGCAAACCUGUCCUGAGGAGGUCAACUAUAAAUAAAUCCCAUGUGAUUGAAGACCCUGUGGAGAGUGACUCUAGUGACUCAGACACACAAGAAUCGGCCUAUUGCUCAUCAUGUAAGAAAUCAUUUGACAGUAUGAGGGAGCUAUACGAACACACCUGUCUCUCUAAUGACGGGGACGAACCAAUGCGCACAACCAGACGCAAAGGUAAGCCUCGUAAAAUACCACUGAAGAUAGAAGAUGUUGCGGAAAAGCCUAAACGAGGAAGGCCUAAGCUGACAGAUGAAGAGCGACAAAAGAGAGCUUCCAUGAGGCAAGCUAAGCUAAAUAUUUCUCCCAAGAUGAAAAAGGAAAAAGAUAUAAAAACAGGUCCUUGCAAAAAAAAAUAUGUUCGAAAAGCUAGGCACAUGUGUUCAUUUUGUGAUGAAAAAUUUGCUUCAGAGGAGACCUACAGAAUUCAUAUUUCAAAGCAUACUGGGAAAGCUCCUUAUGAGUGUGAAUAUGAAAACUGUGGGAAAGGUUUUAACACCAGAUUCACAUAUUGGCGGCAUCAGUUAACUCACGUGAAACCACAAAACAGACAGUGUACCUACUGCGAAAAAACUUUCAACCGUGUGGAUCACCUCAAGAUUCACAUGAGAACUCAUGAUGCAAACCGUAAUGUAUAUUCCUGUGAUAAGUGUGGAAAAUCAUACCUUUUUAAAUCAACCUAUGACUACCACUUAGCAAUUCAUGAAGCAAAAGAAGGUAUGGCCACAACAUGUAGUAUUUGUAACAAGAAAUUUGACAGUGCCGAAGAACUGGUGAAACAUACAAAGAGUCACAACCGUUACAAAUCAGUCUCUAAUACACCAAAAUUACACCCAUGUCCGGUUUGCAAUAGGAUGUUUGGUACUAAGAAAGAUGUACGAAGGCAUUCAGUUGUGCACACUAAAGAGAAGCAAUAUUUGUGUGAAUUUUGUCCUCAGACAUUUGGUCGAAAGGACCAUCUGCAUCGACAUUACAAGUGCAGCCAUCGCCAUGAAGUUCUCGAGCAAAAAUUUGCAAACUCUGAGGAAUUUCCCUGCAGCAUUUGUUUGUACACCUUUAAGAAGGAGAAGCAUUUGCUGCAUCACAUAAAGACUGUCCAUCCUGCAGGAGAACAGAAACAGAAAGAAAACACACCCAGGACACCAAAGAAGAAGCAUUCGACAGUUCAGGUUCAAACCCACAUCGUGGACUCAUCCCACAUUGUUGCCCAGCAGAUUCUACCCCAGGAUGUGUUGUCUCAAGACCCAGUGUUCACUGUUGCAGGAACACCAACCACAAUGGUAAUCAACACUCACAACAACCCCAAUGCUCAGCCGUUGAAAACGGUUCCAUACCGGUUUGCUCCUCAGGUCGUCUCGUCCACACAGACCUCCAGUUCCACCAACGACCCCAAUUCUCACUCUGGAAUGAACACAACGGAACCUGUCCAGCAGCAGAGUUACGUGAAUGGUCAGGACCCCUGCAGUCUGACCACACUCAUCACGUAUGCCGAGCAGCUCAAAUCCAGAGGUAUCUUCACGUCUGACCACCAGCCGGUCCAUCACAGGCUCCAGCAGCCGACGUGGUCCAGUCACGGAGCAGCCUCUAGUGGCCCUGAAGAACAUUCGUAUGCCAGUGGAAGGACGAAGACGUUGAACAAAUUCACCACACCGGGACCAAUGGGAGACAUGGAGACAAUUCGGUUCAUACAGAAUCUUCCAAUCAAUCAUGGCCCAUUCCCAGCUUCACUGUCCCACACUGGAACGGGGCAGACAGGCAUGUCAGUUGGUUGGGACACCAUAACAGAGUACGUGGCUGUGCAGCCUGUACAACAGACGGUCAGUUUGACUGAAAUAGGGCAGGCCAGCAUGGUGCAUGCUGGUCACAGUAGUAGUAUGGCACCAGGAAACAUGCAACCUCAUUAGUGUUGUCUUCAGUUCUUUUACCAUUUGACUAUGCAGGACAUUAGUUUGCAAAUACUGUAAAUGAUUAAAACCAAUAUACUA